GAGCUGAGUGGGCCUCGGCCCCCUGUGCAUCCUGCCAGGGCCAGGCCAGAGGCGCCCACCUCCUCUUCUGCAGCUGAUCCACAACCAACGAGGCUGCCUCAGCCCCUGCCUCGUCCGCCAGGGCCUACCACGACAGCCUCCCAGCAUGGCUCUUAAGAGAAUCCACAAGGAACUGAACGACCUGGCGCAGGAUCCCCCAGCCCAGUGUUCAGCGGGCCCCGUCGGGGAAGACAUGUUCCACUGGCAAGCUACAAUCAUGGGGCCCAAUGACAGUCCCUACCAGGGCGGGGCCUUUUUCUUGACAAUUGACUUCCCAACAGAGUAUCCCUUCAAACCGCCCAAGGUUGAAUUUACAACAAGAAUUUAUCAUCCAAAUGUUAACAGUAACGGCAGCAUUUGUCUUGAUAUUCUUCGCUCACAGUGGUCUCCAGCACUAACCAUCUCCAAAGUGCUUCUGUCCAUCAGUUCUCUGCUGUGUGACCCCAAUCCAGAUGACCCCCUAGUGCCUGAGAUCGCUCAGAUCUACAAAACAGACAGGGACAAGUACAACAGAACAGCUCGGGAAUGGACGCAGAAGUAUGCCAUGUGACCAAAGAGAUUAUUGGCUAUCCUCUACAAAUAAAGCUAGGGGAACUCUGAAAGUCCUUCUGACUCCCAUCUGACUGCUGUGAGCCCACACCGCACCCGUUUCAUCCCUUCCUGGCGCACCUUUGUUCACCUGAUCCGGUACAGCUGCAAGUUGUCCGCACCAGAAAUACUGUACUGUCCUAGCACAGGAGUGCUCUCGAGGCAUAACCAAGAUGUGAGAUUAAAAGUUUUCCUAACUGA